GUGCGGUCCUCUUUGUACAAGCUUUGGCCGGAGCGCUUGAUCCAUCGGGUAAUAAAAAGGAAAUAGGAGUAAUUUAGGAGAAAACAGUAAUAGAGCAUCAUGGACCGCACGAUCCCUGACUUCUCUGGUACCUGGAAAAUGAAGAGUUCAGAAAACUUCGAGGAGCUUCUGAAAGCAAUAGGUGUGAAUGUGAUGCUUCGGAAGAUUGCUGUAGCAGCAGCAUCAAAACCAUCUGUGGAGAUUACACAGGACGGUGAGACGCUGUCAAUCAAGACCUCCACCUCAGUUAGAACCACCCAUGUGAACUUCACUGUGGGAAAGGAGUUUAAUGAGACCACAGUGGAUGGAAGACCUUGCACGAGCUUUCCGCGAUGGGAGACUGACAGUAAGAUCAGCUGUGAGCAAACCCUUCAGAAAGGAGAAGGCCCUAAGACAUCCUGGACCAGGGAACUGACCAAUGAUGGAGAACUGAUCCUGACAAUGACUGCAGAUGACGUAGUGUGCACAAGAGUUUACAUCAGAGAAUGAAAGUAAACAAGCAGAAAUGUCAUUAUUUUUGUUACCCUAUGUUUGACUUUUCUUGACAGAAACCAGCACAUUACCUUUAGACUACAUGCUUAUUAAGUUACACAUUAACAUACACGUGCAUUGACGACAUGUAUGUGCAUGUAAACAAUAUUAGAAACACAUUCCACUAAUUAGUAGUCAGUAUACAGUAGGAUGUUACAUGUAGUUACCUUUUCUUUCAGUUAUAUGUUUGAAUGUAAGUUGAGGAGAUGUAUUUUAGUCCAUGUUUAGUAUUGUGUACUACCAUAAAUACAGUACACUCAUCUUUACACCACUCUAGUUUGCAGAUCUGCUUUCUCAUACACUUUAAUACACAGAUGUCAACACAGUCACAGAGGAUUCUGGGAGAUUAGGUAUGUUCCAUAAGGGUUUAAAAUGCUGCAAGAUGGAAGCUGUUCAGAGGGAAGACUGGGUGAAAGACUGGGCAAAAAUGGCAAGACUGGACUACUUUUUUACAAAAUACACACUUGUAAUAUCAUGCUAUAACAGAUCACCUACACUGAGGCAUAAAUUAAACCAUGAGCCCUGGAUCCAGAGCACUUUUAAAAUUGGUGUAACUUCAGCUUUUAAUCCAGUCUUUAAUUCAAAGCAGAGAAACUGGCAUGGAUUCAGCUGACUUUGAAGUAGUGAACUAGCGAGUUUUUCGAGUUGUCACACUGAGGUUACAAUAAUAAAAUCAGCUUACAUCAACCACAAAAUUCUGUCCUAUUUUAUGUCAUUUAUACUUUAAAGCCCUAACAGGAAUAAGCGUGUUUCGUGAAUACUCAUGAAUUAUGGGAAGGGUUGGUGUAGGUGUACUGCAUGGCGUCUGUAGCUUAUUAGCAUUAAAAAAAUUAUUGUAUUUGCAUUUUUUUUUUUCCUCAGCAUCUCUUCUUGUUUGUUUAGGUUUUGUAUAUACUUCAGUAAAAUAUUAUGCGGUUAUACUUUUUAUUAUGUGUCUUUUAUAUAAAUGUAAUAAAGCCUAUAUAAGACUGGAUAAUAAAAAGUAAAUAAAUGUU